AUGUUAUUGCUCAAUGAAACGAUGAUCUUAUUAUCGGAUCAAUCUUUAUCAAUAGAAUAUAAACAAACAUUGUGUGAUAUUAGUAUGAAAACUCGCCUUAUCCAUCAUUUCGUACUUUCACGCUCUAUUGAGGCUGGUAUUGGUAUCUAUAUUGUUAUUCCAUUAUUAUUGAUAAUUAUGUCAUUCUUUCAUCACCAUUAUAGUCGUAUCGAUGAUUUUAUUGAAAGUGAUUUGUUCGAUACCUCUUCAAUAUCUUAUGGGAAUGUUACAGCUAAUUAUGCAUUUAUAUAUUUCCUGGACGAAGUACCAGACAAUACUUUAAUUAAAUUAACAAAUAUUGAUAAUAUAGGAUCGGAAGCAUCAUCAAAUAAAAUUCAUUCUGACAAAUCUGAUGCAUAUGCAUUUAGUAAACUUGCUCGUGAAAUGUAUUUAUUACAAUAA